AAAUGGGCGAGGGUGCUUGAAUUUAUGAUAGAUCUGCUCUGCUAGGCUAUUCAAUUGUAUGGUCUAAUCGUCUCCGAAUGAGAGGUUAAAUUAAUGUGUAUAUGUAAGAUGUAAUGUAAUAGGGCAUGUAACGCGUAAAACUAGCCUGUCUUAGUUGAAAAGUGAUUCAAACUUUCUUAAAUGAUCAGCUAGCAUUUCCAACAGUGAGCUUCAUAAUAAUACAUAAUAAGUAUUUAAGUAGCAUACAGCUGAUUUGUUAUUAUCAUUAUCAUAACUGUCAAUGGUUAUUAUUAAUGUAGGAAAGUUUCAGUUCACUGUUUCAGUUCACAGUGACAAGCGAUGACGUCACCGUCUUCAGUGCAUUACAGUAGCCGUUUCUCAAUGUCAAGGAAGGAUCCUUAACAUUGAGAAACGGCUAGUGAGACGGAAACUAUACUUUUCUUUCGUUGAGGACUAAAGUCUGGCAAUGAGAGACUACUUGGACCAAAGAUGAGUGUUUAUGGGAAGGAUGAGGAGGGCAGAGCAGUAUCCGGCUGUCUGUCUCUGAAGAGUGACCAGUCCAAAGAUAUUCCGCUUGCCUUCAGUAAUGAACCUGGACUAUUGGACACAAAGGACAGGAAAAGUGCGAGUGGUGUUAUCGAGGAGCAGCUGGCAUGCUGUGCUUUGUGCCAGGACGUCCUCAGGGAUCCACGGUCUACCACCUGUGGACACUACUUCUGCAGGGAAUGCGCUACAUCAUACCUGGAACGAUGUGAAUCAACAGGAGACCCCCCCUGUCCCCAAUGUGGAAAAAGAUCCAGAAAAAGUCCUGAACUUCAGACACCCGGUCAAAGCAGCACUGAACCAAUUACUGGCAGUCGGCAGGAGGGUUUAGACAAUCAUAAGAAGCGUCACAGAAGAAGAUCUGAAUUUGCAAUAGAGGGAACUGCUAAAGCAGGACCUCAAACCCGCCUAACUAGGAUCUACACUGAGCUGUAUAUCAUUGAAGGACAGUGCGAAGGAGUUAAUAUCCAACAUGAAGUGUGGCAACUUGAGACAGUAUCCAAAAUGGAGACCCUUAAUGACACUCCAAUCAAAUGUCACAACAUCUUUAAGGUCUUACCUGGCCAAAAGAGAUUAAUCAGAGUAGUUCUGACAAAUGGCAUUGCUGGCAUCGGAAAAACCUUCUUAGUGCAGAAGUUUAUUCUUGACUGGGCAGAAGGCCUGGAAAAUCAAGAUGUCAGCUUUGUGUUUCCGCUUUCGUUCCGGGAGCUGAACUUGAUCAAAGAGAAGCAGUACAGUCUUCUCAGGCUGCUACAUGAUUUUGAUCCAACACUACACAUGGUCACAGCAGAAAGUCUUGCUCUUUGUAAAGUUUUGUUCAUCUUUGACGGCCUCGACGAAAGCAGACUUUUGUUGGAUUUCCAGAACAAUGAGGUUGUGUCCGAAGUCACACAGAUAUCAUCAGUCAACUUGCUGUUGACAAACCUCAUCAAGGGGAAUCUGCUUCCCUCGGCUGUCCUUUGGAUAACUUCCAGACCUGCAGCAGCCAAUCAGAUCCCUCCUUCAUAUGUUGAUAGGAUAACAGAAGUACGAGGAUUCACUGACACUCAGAAGGAGGAGUACUUCAGGAAAAGAUUCAAUGAUGAUUCAAUGUCAGGCAGAAUCUUCUCACACAUCAAGGCAUCCAGGAGCCUCUACAUUAUGUGUCACAUCCCAGUUUUCUGUUGGAUCACUGCGACAGUUCUGGAGCACAUGUUGAUUACAGACAAAAAAGAGCUUCCCAAAUCUCUGACUGAGAUGUACUCACACUUUCUGCUGGUCCAGUCCAAGAGAAAGAUACAGAAGUACGAUAAAGGAGAUGAGAUGACCCAACAGGAGCUGAUGCAGACUGAUGGGGAAGUCCUUCGGAAGAUGGGGAGACUUGCGUUCGAACAUCUGGAAAAAGGGAACAUCAUAUUCUACCAAGAGGACCUGGAGAGAUGUGGCCUUGAUGUCGAAGAAGCCUUAGUUUUCUCAGGACUGUGUACAGAGAUCUUCAAAAGAGAGCGUGUGCUUUUUCAGAAAACCAUUUACUGCUUUGUUCAUUUAAGUAUUCAGGAGUUUCUCGCUGCUGUCUACAUGGUCGACUGUUAUCUGAACAAGAACAUUGAAGUUCUGGCGACUUUCUUGGGAGAAGACUGGGAAAGAAAAAGCUGUGACCCAUAUAUGGAUAACUUCCUCAGUCGAGUUGUGGAAAAGUCCUUUCACAGUGUAAAUGGUCGCCUGGACCUCUUUGUUCGCUUCCUUCAUGGCCUGUUAUUGGAGUCCAACCGUGGUCUCUUAGGAGGUCUGCUGGGCUGGACAGCAAGCAGUCCAGAAAGCAUCCAGAGUGCAAUAAACAACCUGAAGAAGAUGAAGGCUAUUGAUAUCUCACCUGACCGAAGUAUUAAUGUCUUCCACUGUUUGAUGGAGAUGAAUGACCACUCGGUGCACCAGGAGAUCCAAGAGUUCCUGCAGUCAGGCAACAGAUCUGAGAAGAAACUCACCGAGACCCAAUGCUCUGCUAUUGCCUACAUACUGCAGAUGUCAGAAGAUGUUCUAGAGGUGUUGGACCCAAAGAAGUACAAUGCUUCAGGUGAUGGAAGAUGGAGAUUGCUCCCAGCUGUAAGAAACUGCAGAGACGCUCAACUCUCUGGCUGUGGACUCUCUGAGGGGCAUUGUGAAGUUCUGUCCUCAGCUCUGAUGUCCAACCCUUCCCAUCUGCAGGAGCUGGACCUGAGUGAAAAUGACUAUCUGCAGGAUUCAGGAGUGAAGCAGUUGUCCGUCGGAUUGGCGAGUCCAAACUGCAGAUUGAAGAUACUAAGAUUAAAGAACUGCAGUUUGUCAGAAGGUUGUUGUGAUUCUCUGGCAUCAGCGCUGAAGUCCACCUCCUCCAACCUGAGAGAGCUGGACCUAAGUAACAACAACUAUCUUAAGGAUUCCGGGGUGAAGCUGUUGUCUACUGGCCUUGAGAGUCCACACUGUAGACUGGAGACUCUGAGAUUACGUUGCUGCAGGCUGUCAGAGACCUGCUGUGCACAUCUGUCCUCAGCUAUGAAGGCCAACCCCUCCCAUAUCAGCGAGCUAGACCUGGGUCAUAACAAGGUGAAGGAUUUAGGAGUAACUCUGCUGUCUCCUGCACUCGAGAGUCCUCAAUGUAGACUGAAGUGUCUGAGGCUUGACAGAUGUGGGCUUACGGAGAACUGCUGUACAUCUUUGGCCUCCACUUUCAAAUCCAACCCCUCCAGCCUGAGAGAGUUGGAACUAAGCAAUAACGAUCUGCAGGAUUCAGGAGUCAAGUUGCUGUGCGCUGGACUGGAGAGUCCACAUUGUGGACUGGAAGCUCUUAGAUUGAGGAGCUGCUGGUUGUCAGAGAGUUCCUGUGCUUCUCUGGCUUCGACUCUGAUGUCCAACCCCUCCAGUCUCAGAGAGCUUGAUCUCAGUGAAAAUGAUCUACAGGAUUCAGGGGUGAAGCUGCUGACUGCUGGAUUGGAGAGUCCACACUGUAGACUUGAGACUCUGAUGUUGAAACGCUGUCAGGUCACAGAUGAAGGCUGUCCUUCUCUGGUGUCAGCUCUGAAGUCCAACCCAUCCUAUCUGAGACAGCUGGACCUGAGCAAAAACAAACUUCAGGAAUCAGGAGUGAAGUUGCUGUCUGACGUCCUGGAGAGUCCACACUGCAGACUGGAAACUCUCAGAAUGGAAGAAAUGGAGUAAACCUUGAGUCCGGCAAUCUGACUAAAAUGCAUCUCAUCAAUGGCCAUGAUGACUUGUUUCUGACUCUGGGGCUGCCACAAUCCCUACAUCACUGCAAAACUACAGCUGUGUCUUAAUACAAUCAGAGAUAGGACAGCGCUCCUACCAAGUAUAUUUGUUAUGAAUUAAUCAGAAAACACUUUUUCUAAAUGAUUCUUCAUCAGCAAGAAGACUAUGUUGGGUUAUGUACUGACUGCCCAUAGGUUUAUAUACAUUUCUUUAGUGUAGUAACUGUUCCUCCUAUUUCAUUUCAAUGUAAAAUUCCCCCUUUCUGCUUACCAUGAUUAUUUCUGUUUCCUUAAAGUGUAACACCACAAAUCUAAGAGUGACUUUAUGUAAUAUGUUUCUGUUAUGAGCACCAAUACUAGAAGAUUUAACCUGGCUCUGUCCAGCAGUAACUCUGUGGUGAGCCAUUGCCAGGAAAUCAAAGGCAAUCUCUAGGAAGUUACUGGUCCCAUUUAUGAAAUAGCCCGGCACAUGACGCCCCAUAAAACGGCGAAUUGUUGUUAAUCUUUGCUUUUUGUACAGACAACACAAACUAGAUAUAAUCAGUGACUCAGCCUUUCCCUCUCUGGCCACUGCUGACCCCCUCAUCCCCUCUUAGGGCUUCUGAGACAUCAGCCUACCUCAAUUCACACCUCUCCAGGUUUCACAACCCUCCCCCCAUCCUCCUCACCAGGGAGCACCUACAACUCCCUCCUGCAGUCUAUUUCUAACAGUCAAUCAGGUGAAGAAGGAGCUAAAGAAGAUCAAGGCAAGAAAGGCCCCGGGCCCGGAUGGAAUCAGCUCCAGGCUGCUUAAAGACUGUGCAGAUCAGCUCAGUGAGGUCAUCCUGCACAUCUCCAGUCCCGUGGAAGACUUCCUGUGUGGUCCCAGUACCUAAAACUGCGCAGGGAGCCCAACCACUUCAGAUCGGUAGCCUUAACUUCUCACCUGAUGAAGACCAUGGAGAGAAUUAUAUUCAACACAUAUGAAGCCUGGUGAGCUCAAAGCUGGACCCCCUGCAGUUCGCUAAACCAACCAGGCAUAGGGGUGGAGGAUGCCCUCAUCUUUCUAUUACACAGAUCAUUGUCAAACCUGGGGAACACUGGGAGCACUGAGGGUCGUGUUUUUUUAUUUUUUUAUUUAUUUCCCCCAUGCUUUCAAUACAAUUCAACCAUCACUGCUCUGGGAGAAGCUAUUGGGAGCUGGAGUUGACUGCCACCUGCCUGCAUGGAACAUCAACUACCUCACUGACAGUCUGUGAGGCUCCAGGACUGUGUGUCUGAUGUAGCGAUGAGCCACAGGGUACAGUGCUCGCUCCUUUUGUCUUCACCCUGUACACAGCGGAUUUCAGGCACAAUACAAGCAGCUGUCACAUGCAGGAGUUCUCUGAUAAUACUGCCGUUGUUGGGCGGGUAUCAGAAGAGAACGACCAGGAAUACCGGGAGGUCAUCUGUGAUUUUGUCAACUGGUGUGAGUCAAACCACCUUCACAUCACUGCCAGCAAGACAAAGGAGAUGGUGGUUGACUUUCGUAGGAGGCCGCCCCGGACUUCACCGGUGAACAUCCAGGGUGCCAAUAUCGUGAUGGUGGAGACAUACAAAUACCUGGGUGUUCACCUCAACAAUAAACUGGACUGGUCCAAAAACACAGACGUCCUGUACAAAACUGGCCAAAGUUGUCUCCACCUGCUAAGGAGACUAAGUUCCUUUGUUGUGUGGAGGACCCUGUUAAAAACCUUUUGACACCGAGGUUGCGUCUGCAAUCUUUUAUGCAGUAGCCUGCUGGGAGACCAGAGAAGGACAGGAAAAGACUAAACAGACUGGUGAAGAGAGCUAGCUCUGUUCUGGUCUGCCCCCUGGAUACCAUAGACAAGGUGGGGGAGAGGAGGAAGUUAGCCAAGCUGGCAUCAAUCAUGGGCAACACCUCUUACCCCCUGCUCGAUGCUGUGAAUUCUCUUUUUUAAAUUCUAUUUAAUGUGUAUUUUUUCUUAUUCUGAUGUGUGUGAAUUUUUUUUUGAGCUGCUAUAACAAGUACAUUUCCCCAGUGUGUGGAAUACUAAAGUCGAUCUUAUCUUAUAACGUCUUAAUUAGUGCACUUUAGAGGGGCUGGUAGAUGAAUUUUGUUACGGUUGUUGAAUAAGGCAGUUAGAGAUAAAAGAAGCAAAAACAAGAAAAUCCUAUAUUGUCCCUCAAGCACCUACCAACCAACAUGCUGAAUGUAUUCAGUCAGCUUUGUACUGUACCCACGCCCUGACGUGCUGCAAAUCCUUAGAAUUACAAAAACGAUUGUUUCCACUCUGGAGGACAAAGGUUUUCAACAAAAAAUGUGUACAAUACAAACUUUUUUUUUUUACUUUUGAGUAACUUAACAGGCUGUCAGUUAUUUGUUUUUCAUAAUUAUUAUAAAUAAUUGGAUGUACUUCGGACAUUGCUUGCACCAACAUUUGACCAGGUGAUUCCCUGACAAUGUUUUUACCGUUACAUAAUAAAAAAAUAAAAAUAAAUAUAUUCCUUCACUUUU